GCGAGAGGUGAGUGGUAUAGAAUGUUACUUUUUUGUUUUGUGUUGACAUUUAAAUGGCCUCUGUUAUUGCGUUCAUGCGACUUAUGUAUGUAAUGCUGGUUGAGUUGAGCAUUUCAAGUGGAGGUAGUCGAAGCUAGUUUUUCGUUCCCAAGGAAACCGUCUAACAACUUGAUCACCUUCAUUUGGAACACCACCUGUAUUAUUAUUUUCUCACCUGAAAUAGCAGGUAGCCUAAAUUUAUCAGUAAUGCAUUAGUCAAAUUCUGUAUUUCGCUCGAAAAUUAUUAAUUUGUACAAAAUUCAGCUUUUAUAUUUGAUAUCCAUCUGUUACAUGUAGAUCGUUACUAUUUUAUGCAAAUUAUACAAGUGCGUUCUCCCGCUGUUUUCAGCUGCGCUGGUCAACCGUGGGGUGCCGGCGGCCGAUGCAUGUGCAUUGUGCAUCCCUAACACCUGAACUCGACGCGCCUCGGACGGCGGCCUCUGUCUCUGACCGGCGAGUCAAACGGGACGCCGUGGCUAGCGGCAGCCACUGUGACCACCAAGUACCAACAAUGGAGUCGGCGCCCAACAUUGAGACGGCGCCGACGACCGGCGAGCGUCAGCGCUGGACUACCGAGAGCGCCUCUGAGCUGGACACGGCGGCUCGGCGGCGCAGUCACCGGCGGCUGGCGCUGCCGCACUGGCUGCUGGCCGUCACUGACGACAAGUGGUCAGUCCAGCCGACCGUGCGCCUCCUGAGCGACACAGAAGUGGAGCCCAUGCGCCGGGAGCCCUACAUCACGGGCGGCUACCUGCCGUCCGGUUCGUUCGCGCUCUGCCUGCGCGCGCUGCUCCUACCCACCAACGAGCUGUUCAACUCGUGGUCGGCUCUGCUGCCGGCGCUGGGGUACCUGUGGCAGCUACUGCGCUCGACACCCCCUCAGAACGGCGCCGACCCGCGGCCCUACCACCUGCUGCUCCUCUCCAUCGCUCUGUCAUCGCUGGCGUCGUUCCUGGCGCACGGCUUUUCGGCCGUCUCGCCGGCGGUGGCGCAACUGUUCUACGGUCUGGACUACGCGGGGAUCACCCUCCUCGGACUGGCCAUGACGAUGGCGGAGCACGCCUACGGCAGCGGGGGAGGCGAGGAGCGCUGGCUGGAUGGCGUGCUGCUGCCCACGGCCGCGGUGCUGGCGCUGCUGGGCUGCGCGGCCGCCUGCUGGUCGCGGCUGAGCCGGUGCCAGCACCGCGGCCAGCGGCUGCGGCUGCGCGGCCAGGCGGUGCUGUUCCUGUGGUCGGCCGCGGCCGGCAGCUGGUCACCGCUGCGCGCGGCCGCCGCCCUCUGCGCCGCCUCUGCCGUCUGCGUGUACGCCUCGCGCUGGCCGGAGCGCCGCUGGCCCGGCCGCUGGGACGUACUGGGUCACUCGCACGGCACGUUCCACGUGCUGACGCAGCUGGCGGCCGGCUGCUGUGUGGCGGCGGUGCGCGCCCAGCUGGAGGCGGCGCCGGCCGGCCAGCAGCCCGUCGAGCUGCGCUGGUGGGUCGAGGUCGGCUACGGCGCCGUGGCGUCAGCACUGGUGGCCACAGCUAUCGGCUUCACAGGCCUGUACGCGGCCGCUGAGCGGCACACCAAGCGACCAGGGACGGAUCCGCGGCCGGCCACAGCCUCCGGGCCCCAGGGCGGCGACCCAGAGGUCAGACCGCCCACCUCCGAUAUAUCGGCCGCACAAACCUGAUGGGAGCUCACCGGCGGGAUAGGUAAAGUGCACCAUUGUGCGUGUUUUUUGAUAAUUUUAUCAGGCCACCACACCGCUGAAUGGAUCGCGAAUCGCGGUCAUUGCGUUCAGCCUUGCUGUCAGCAUCUUUAAAGAUGUCAACGAGU